GCGCACAGCACUCGGGCGUCUCCACGUUGAACCGGGCAUGGCAAUGGGCGCUUGGCCUUGGCGCCUGUUGGCACUGUGCGCCGUUGCCGCAAGCGAGGACCUGGAGGCGCUGCGCGGCAAGGUGCGGAGCCUGCAGCUGGAGCUGCGGAGCGCGCAGGCGGAGCUUUUGGCGGCGGAGGGCACCUCUGCCGCACCCUGGGCACAACCCUCGGUUUGCAAUGCAAGGAUCCGCUCUGCGGAGGAUGCCCGUGACUCUGCGGCGGAGUAUUUGGCGAAGCAGCACGCCCUGCGAGCACCGUUCUACCUCAAGGCAGCCCGGAAGAGCUUUGAGAAGGGUCUGAAGCAGCUGAAGGGCAUCGACAAGAGCAACUCGGAUCCCUUCAUCAAGCAGCAUGAGGGCCAGCUGCAGGUGGUGGGCGCGUUGGACCUGGCCCCGGACUCUGCGGACAUAUGGCUGGAGGCGGGCAAGGUGUCGCUGUCUCUGGCCUCGCUCGCAGACAGCGAAGGAGAGAUCCAGCACGUGGUCGCCAUGUUCGCGCGCGCAGCCCAGCUGGACGCUAGCAAGUUGGAGCCGGCGCUCAAGUGGCUGCAGCGGAAAGAGUCCAAGGAGAAUGAGCAGGAGAAGCAGUUGAGGAAGAUUCUGAGAGGCGAGGUCAAGCGCUGGAAUCACACGAAGUCCGUGCCCGAUGUGCCGGUGAACUUCGUGUCCACGCUCAAGCAGGGCAUCUGCUUCAAGCAGGGGUCGAAGAGAGCAGGAUGGCCGGAAGAUGUGGCCAGCAUCAUUGACCGGUUUCAGGAGAGGAACGUGUUCCCGACAAAGAUUCUUUCGGUGAACGUGCUCUCCAUGCUGCCGGAGGGUUUUGCUGACCGCCUCGCGGGCCUAGCGGAGGCCAAGUACCAACAGUUCAGCAAAAAGUUCCCAGACAUCGACCCGAACGACUUGAAUGAUAAGUUUUUCGGGUUCCAGUCCACCCACGCGAGUCGGCUGGGAUCUGGCGAUGUGAAAAAGUGGCCUGAGAUGUACCGCUCGGAGGACUUCAAGAUCCUCACGCGCGUCAUGGAUGGCGCGCUGAGGGGCUUUCUGGAGCGCACCGGCGCCGCCGCCACGGAGGCGUCUGACUACGAUCUGGUGCUCUGGGCUGCCGUAUACCCCGGCAACGGCGGCCGACAUGGGUAUCACGUGCAUCAGGGCUCCGCCAGUAGCUGCGUGCUCUACGCCAAAGUUGCAGGUGCCUCCACGCCCAUCAGCUUCAUCGAUCCCCGGGGCGCGCCGCCGGUGGCAGACUAUGAGCAGUACGAGAAGGAGAGGGACUUCGAGCCGCAGGCGCCUUUCCAUCACAACGAGUACUUCUUCCCGCAGCCGGGGGACCUGGUGUGCUUCCCCUCGUGGCUGGUGCACAACGUGCCCUCGCACUGGGAGACCGAGACCCGGGUGGCCUUUGCCGCCAACCUGCAAGGCAGGCACCCCUGGGAUAGCUGGUUCCACACAGCCGUGGCGUGGCAUGCGCAAGGCCCACCGUGAUCAGCGAGUAAAAGAAGAGCUGCGCCAGUGCAACGCCCACUGUAGAAAU